GCCUGCCCCCCGUGAAUGGAAUUGGAACGGACAGCAGCUUCAGCUCCAAGUGGGGUGGUGAGGUGGACGCGGUAGCCCAGCCCAGCCUGCCGCUGCCGUUAUUUUAACAGCCAGCGCUUCUCCUUCCGGGGAGGAGUGGUGCCCACGCAGUCGCAGUCGCCGUCGCAGACGACGAGGGGCAUCAGUCAGAGCACAACCAACGCAGGCAGCAGAGCCAAGAUGAGGAGCUCGGUGUCGGAGCGCAGCCUCAUCAUCGAGAGCGACGACGACGACGACGACGACCACCCCCAAUCCCAACCGUCCGCCGCCGCCACAAGAAGAAGAAGAUCAAGACGCCACGAGGAUGGCUCCGGCUCCGACUCCGACCCCGGCUCCGGCUCCGACUCGUCCUCCCCCUGCGCCACCCCGCGCCUCCCGCCCACCGCCUCCUCCUACACCCAGCAAUGGCCGCAGAGCUACAGGCAAUCCAUCGACAUCCUUAGUAGCGUGCAGUCACCAAAUCUCAGCUUCUUAGGGACCCCAACUCUAAGCAGGCUCUCCAACUCCUUCAUCACCAACUCUUUUCGGGGUAAAACCCCUGAAAUCAUCUCUAAUCUUGUCAAGCCACUCCUGCGCCCCACCACAAGUGAUGACCGCCAGCAGCAGCAGCAGCAGCAACAGGAAGAAACGCAAAAGAGUUCCCACUACCUUCUGCCCUCGAGGAAACCGUCCUUGCAACAAAUCCCUGAGGAUCAAAAGCCACUGCUAGUUGCUCAUGAGGUGUCUCCUUAUCAAAAAUGCUCUUACACCCAGGCAGUGGUCAACGGAAUAAAUGUUCUAUGUGGAGUGGGAAUCCUAUCAACGCCUUAUGCCAUCAAACAAGGUGGCUGGGUUGGACUGGUGAUACUCUAUUUAUUUGCUGUUCUAGCAUGGUAUACUGGUGUGCUCCUGCGCCGUUGCCUGGACAGCAAGGAGGGCCUUGAGACAUACCCAGAUAUUGGCCAUGCCGCCUUUGGCACCACCGGCCGUAUACUUAUCUCGAUAAUCCUGUAUGUGGAACUAUAUGCCUGUUGCAUCGAGUAUCUGAUAUUGGAGAGCGACAAUUUAUCAAAAUUAUUCCCCAGUGCACACCUGACCAUUGGGAACUUGACACUGAACUCCCAUGUAUUUUUUGCAAUCUUGACUACCAUCAUAGUCAUGCCGACCACUUGGCUCCGUGACCUUAGCUGCCUGAGCUAUCUUUCAGCUGGAGGUGUCAUUGCAUCAAUCCUUGGAGUCAUCUGCCUGUUCUGGGUAGGUGCUGUUGACAAUGUUGGCUUUGAGAACAAAGGAACUGCACUGAACCUCCCUGGAAUCCCUAUUGCAAUUGGAUUGUAUGGUUAUUGCUACUCAGGGCAUGGGGUGUUUCCAAAUAUCUAUUCUUCUCUGAAGAAUCGCAACCAGUUCCCUUCAAUCCUUUUCACUUGCAUUGGGCUUUCUACCAUUUUGUUUGCUGGUGCUGCAGUGAUGGGAUACAAAAUGUUUGGUGAAGCCACAAAGUCCCAGUUCACACUCAACUUGCCAGAUAAUUUAUUGGUUUCAAAGGUUGCUGUUUGGACCACGGUGGCAAAUCCAAUAACCAAAUAUGCAUUAACCAUAAUCCCCCUGGCUAUGAGUUUGGAGGAGUUGCUGCCACCAAAUCAACAGAAGUACUCAAACAUAAUCAUGGUUAGAUCAGCCCUGGUGGUGUCAACCCUCCUCAUUGCUCUUUCUGUACCCUUCUUUGGACUCGUGAUGGCCUUGGUUGGUUCGUUGCUCACGAUGCUUGUGACCUAUAUUCUACCCUGCGCGUGCUUUUUGGCAAUCCUUAAGAGAAAGGCGACUUGGCACCAGGUAGCAGCUUGCUCAUUCAUCAUCGUGGUCGGGGUUUCCUGCGCGUGUGUGGGGACAUACUCGUCCCUGUCCAGGAUAAUCCAGAACUACACCUGAGUGUACACGAUGCAGUUGUUCCUGUCAUCCUCCAUAUACAAUCUCAUGCGCGCGCGAUACAUACGAGCGAAGCACAUACAAAACAAAAUUUUGCCCAGCAAUUUAUAGUAAAGCUGAUGUGUAAUAAAUUUGUGACAUGUCAAUGCUUGCAUCUGGGUGGACCAACAAAUAUGUAGCAAGGCUUUUAGAUUGUAUGAUGCAUAAAUAACGACAGUGUUUUAAGAAUUGGCAUGCAAAAGAUUAAGUUCAUUCGGUGUUUUUCUUUUUUA